AUGCCCUUUCUAACUAUUAUAACCUCCUUCAAUCCCCCCCUUAAAUACCUCCUGAAAUCCCUUCUUAAAUAUACCGCCAUUGCACGACCUUUCUACGCUCCAAGUCCGUUCCGUGCCGCAAUUGGGCCACCCUGCUUCGCGACAACUACGAGAGCUUGUCACAUCGCGACGGCCGAGUUCACUGAUCUUCAGCCAGACGGCGCAGUUGUCACAAAAGAAGUCUUCAUCCGAGUUGGCGACCCUGGAGAAGCCUAUGUAUUAAUUCCUACAGAAGUUGGCUAUGCUCUGAAGGCUGGCAGCUGCCUCGCCAGCAGCUCAUCGGCUCUCCCUAAGCGCCCGGACAGGUUUCCGUUAAGCUACUUUCACAAUACCCAACACUUCGCCCUUGACUCGUCCCCCGGCUGCCCCCGCCUAGUUAUCCCUCAACAGCUUCCCCACCAGUCUACUGCGAAUACGAGUCCGGCAACAUUAUAUCUCUACGGCGUGAUGCAUACAAUCGCUUUGGAUGGAACUCCAGAUGCAGAAUUUGCCCAUCUUGCUAGUACUAUACUAGAGGAGAUUGGAGAUGCGCUUAAUCAGUUAAAGGAUAUGUAA